UGCCUGCGAUUAACGUCCAAAUCUGACUCACUCUUGCCCACAUUCCUGAGUCGACCCCACUGCUUUGUCAGUCGUUGCUCCAUCGCUGCUUGAUCACACGGGACUCUACCAGAGAGAGGGUUGCACCAGUCCAGACAAACGUCACCCUGGGCUUUCGAGCUUUUCAUCCUGGCCAGUUUGGAGGAGUUAAAUCACAAGCUGCCUGAAGAGAGAUUUGACUAACAAGGAAUCUGUUCACGUUACUUCCAGUGGCCUGAGCAGAGUUGGCCACAUCAAAUGGAUGCAACCAAACCAACUAAAGAAGUCUGAGAGAAAACAAGCCAAGGGAAUUUUCUCCACUGGUUUUCUCUUGUUUGCCCCAGAAGGACGGCACCUUAAUUUUCUAUUUGAGUAAAUAACCUUCCUGACCUUUCGGACAUACAGGUAACAAAGCCAACACCAGGUACCAAAGAUGGACCCCUUUACAGACAGUCCACGUGUGCGCUCGGACAGCAUGAGCAGCUCAGCGUCUCAGGGCUCAAGGACCAAGGUGCUUCUUCGCCAACGUUUGUCUCAGCUGAUGACCUGCAUAGAGGACAUGAGCUCUGACGAUGAAGCCAGUGAGGAAGUGUCCCGCUCGCUGGACGAAGCGUUUCAUCUCUGCGGGCGUUUCAUUCCCACAGACGCAUUCAGGCUGCACAUGGUGACCUGGAAUGUGGCCACAGCUGAGCCUCCCGAGGACGUCACCUCUUUGCUGCAGCUAGACGUCCAGCCCCCCACAGACCUCUAUGUGAUUGGCUUGCAGGAGGUGAAUGCCACCCCUAUAAGGUUCAUCUCUGACCUGUUAGCGGAGGACUCCUGGAGCCACGUCUUUAUGGACACACUGGCACCCAGAGGCUUUGUUAAGGUCAAAUCAAUCAGGAUGCAGGGUUUGCUGCUGCUGGUUUUUGCCAAACAAAUCCAUCUCCCCUACAUCAGAAACAUCCAAACCACCUACACUCGUACUGGCAUCUUUGGCUACUGGGGAAAUAAAGGAGGAGUCUCCGUGCGUUUUUCCUUUUAUGGCCACAUGGUUUGCUUCCUGAACUGCCACCUAGCAGCCCACGUGAACUACGCCCUGCAGCGCGUUGAUGAGAUUGAGUACAUCCUGGAGACACAAGACUUUGACAUCACUGACACCCCACAAGUCCGGGAUCACAAGGUGGUGUUCUGGUUUGGCGACCUGAACUUCCGUAUUGCAGACCAUGGCUUGCACUUCCUGCGCUCGUCCAUCAACAGCGGACGCCUUAAUUUACUGUGGGGCAAGGACCAGCUCACUAUGAUGAAGAAGAAGGAGCCUUUCCUGCAGGAAUUUGAGGAAGGGCCGUUAAAUUUUAAGCCCACCUACAAGUUCGACCGUAACUCUGACACCUAUGACACCAGUGGCAAGAAGAGGAAACCUGCCUGGACUGACCGGAUUCUCUGGCGCAUCAAACCCAAAGCCCCGCCAUCAGAGGAUGAUGAUGAUGAUGAUGAGAAGGCAUCAACGUCUACUGAUGAUGGGCUCGAUGAGUACCCACUCCUGGUCACUCAGGACAAGUACACCAGUGAUAUGAGCUACGGAGUCAGUGACCACAAGCCUGUGAUUGCAACCUUCAGUCUGGAGCUGAGGAAGUGCUUUGACACACCACUGGUGCAUGUAUCUCCUCUGGGUGUAUGGAGCGCCGACCAUGACGCACUUCUUAACUACACCGUCCAAGAGGACUUCAUGUCCUCCACAUGGGACUGGAUCGGCCUGUAUAAGGUGGGAUUCAAGAGUGCGUCUGAUUAUGAAACCUUUGUUUGGGUCAGAGAGGACGAGUUGCCAGAGAUAAAUGAAGUCAUACAGAUAUCUGUGGAUAAGGACGAGAUCCCUCUGCUGGGCGGACAAUAUGUUUUGGGCUACUUCAGUACAAACAUGCAAAGCAUCAUCGGACUCAGUGCUAGCUUCCAGAUCCUGGAGUCAAAGCGUGCCGUCAUGGAAGGUCUUGUUCCUGAGAACAUCAAUGGACUCAACUAAUAAGAACAAAUUCACUGCAGUGCCACAUCUUAUUCCUCUCCCCCGGAAAUUUACACUGAAUUGAUUCAGUCUGUCAAAUGCCCCAUAAGAUUGACUCCAUCAUCUGCUGGAUCAGCUAAUUUACUCAUUAACUAAUGACCACCACACUGCACUAUCACAUGGACUGGAAACUUCAGUUUGUUGUUUUCAGCUUUGGAAACAGAUUCACUCUUGGUGGAACAGUUUCUCUACACAAAAGGUUUAUCGCUGUAAUGAGACGCCUUUCAGCUUGUCCACAGGCCUAUUUUGCCUGUUAGAGCAAAAAAAAACAAAAAAGAAAGAGUGAGUUAAGUUUUGUUUGGUCAUACACUGCAGGUCAACACAGCCCUCGGUCAAAUUGUAUUUGAAAAUACAUGUUUGUGUUUUGGUUGGGUCUAUACAUGAGUUCCAGUUCAGAGGGUUGUACAGCAAGUGUAAGAAAGAUCUGCCAAUCAAACUGUUGUAUAGAAAAUUCUAUGUUGAUGAAGUCAAUUCUGGAUUACUGGACCCAAGUAUCUGAGGCUGAAAUGAUGAAGAUGGGAGAAAGAUUUAAAAAUCUAAUGUACGCAUGAGUUCCUCUAAGAACAUAUAAUGUUAGCUGGUGAUGAGAACUUCUACAAUGAGGUGUUUUGAGUCAUAUAUUGCUUUAUAACAAAUAUGUGUAAAGUAUCUGAGAUCAUUUAAGUCUAAUGUGUAUUAUGACAGACUCUAAAGCAGUGGACAGAAUCAUGACAAAAUUAUAUUUUCAAUUAAUUAUUUCUCUAAACUUCUUAAAUGUAGUUUCUCAUAAUAGUAAGAUACAGGCUGCCUUUUCUAUUCCAAUGCAAAAAAGAUGAAUGUUGUCAAAGAAUAAAAAGUGUUACAAUGAAA